GGUCCGAUGUUCUCGUUAAUGAGGGGUGCUACUCCGGUCAUCGUAAUCAACAAAGCGCAGAUUGCUUGGGACCUACUGCAGAAACGUGGCGAGAUCUACUCGAGUAGACCGCGUCUCAUCAUCGCGCACGAGCUGUUGUCUCGGGGGCUACGCGGCCUGACCAUGCCCUAUACUAAGCAGUGGCGGACAUGGAGAAAGAUUCAGAACACGGGCUUGAACGUACGGGCGGCGCUCGCAUACCGGGAGCACCAAACACUCGAGGCGACUAUCGCUCUACGAAACUUUCUCCGAGCCCCGGAACAGUACAGUCAUCACAUCACUUUAUUCGCAACGUCCGUGGCAUUCUCUAUCGCUUACGGACAACGCACUGCGACAUUGGAGGAUGAGAAGUACAGGAGGAAUGGAGAAGCUCCCUGUUUUGACUGUAUGUUCACUUGGUUCAGGCGUACCACAUUCGCUGAUAUGACGUCCGAGGCUCUUUUACAGUACCCGUGGCUGAUGUAUCUUCCGCGUUUCAUGCAAUGGUUUAGGUUCAGAUGGGACGAGGGAUACGGCAAGGCCGAGAUGCUGUACAUGGAGCUUCUCAAAGAUGUCGAGGAUCGCUUGAAGACGGGAAUCGCGAAGGAGUGCAUGGCCACGCGUAGCCUGCGGGAUCAGGAGGCACUCGGGAUCAGUGACGUUCAACUGGCCUUUGCCAUGGCUGCGCCGUUCGCUGCUGGGAUUGAUACAGCAAUAAGUCGGUUCUUAUGGUCUACACUUGCUUCCAGGCGCAAUACUCCACAAUCAAAAUGCACAAUGAGAGGGGUUCACGAGGAACUUGACCGCGUCGUUGGUCGGAAUCGUCUCCCUAACUUUGAUGAUCAAGCAUCCCUCCCAUGUUUGGACACAUUCGUCAAAGAGCUGAAUCGUUGGCAAACCAUUACUCCGAGAGGUGUUCCUCACGCCCUCGCCGCCGACGAUGUCUACCAAGGACAUUUUAUCCCAAAAGGCACGACGAUCAUUGUGCCGAAUGUCUAUACAAUGAUGAAGGACGAGGAAACGUUUCCGGAUGCGAUGCGAUUCAGUCCGGAGGGAUUUCUCAAGACUGACGAUCCGAGGAUGCUCGACUUUACGCUGUCAUUCGGCUUCGGAAGACGCAUCUGCCCUGGGAUGCACGUCGCGUUGCAAUCAUUGUACUUCUUUUUUCGCCAGCGAUGGUGGCGUCCGCGCAGGUUCAUGUGGGCGUUUACCGUCAAACCCGCGCAGGACGAAACCGGAGCUACUGUCCUACCGGACAUGAAUAAUCAAGUGGUCUCCGGCUUAACACGCAAACCUGCUCCAUUCAAGUGCGUGAUACAGCCUCGCUUCCCGGACGUUGCGGGCAUGAUUCACAAGGAGGCGGCGGAGGCGGAUGAGACACUCAAAGCAUGGGAUUGA